AUGGAAUGCAAAGGAUGCCUGCUGGAUUUGGACCAGUCUGAGUCCUACCCCUCAGGGUCCCAGCCCCACUGGUUCCACACCCUGCAGGUCCGACGGUACCGAGUUCAGCGAGGGCGCAGCAACAGCGACCCCCUGGGAGGGAAUGGCUGCCAGGACCACAUUGCCUGGAAACCCGGUCUUCAGUUUGGAGCGGCUCAUUCCUACGUCAGUCUGGAGAAACUGGGUGAAGGAGCAUAUGCCUCCGUCUACAAAGGAAUCAGCAGGAUAAACGGGCAGCUGGUGGCUCUGAAGGUGAUUCGUAUGAAGACGGAGGAGGGCGUGCCGUUCACCGCCAUCAGAGAAGCCUCUCUGCUCAAAGGUCUGAAACACGCCAACAUUGUGGUCCUCCAUGACAUCAUCCACACCAGAGAGUCUCUGACGCUCGUCUUUGAAUACGUGCAGACGGAUCUGUCAGAGUACAUGAGCCAACACCCCGGAGGACUUCACUCACACAACGUCAGGCUCUUUAUGUUCCAGUUGCUGCGGGCGUUGUGUUACAUCCACAGUCGGAGGAUCCUCCACAGAGACCUGAAGCCUCAGAAUCUGCUUGUCAGCUACCAGGGAGAACUCAAGAUGGCCGACUUUGGUCUGGCCCGGUCCAAGUCCAUCCCGAGUCAGACGUUCUCCUCGGAGGUGGUGACGCUGUGGUACCGCCCCCCUGACGUCCUGCUGGGCUCCACAGAUUACUCCACAGCUCUGGAUAUCUGGGGAGCUGGCUGCAUCUUUAUAGAGAUGCUGCAGGGGGCGCCGGCGUUCCCCGGAGUCUCUGAUGUGUUUGAACAACUUCAGAAGAUCUGGGCGGUUGUGGGCGUUCCCUCUGAGAACACCUGGCCUGGAAUCAGUCAACUGCCAAACUACGAACCAGAGCCGUUGUUUGUCUCCAAACCCAAACAGUUCAGGACCAUUUGGAAAAGGUUGGACCAGCUGCCGUAUAAAACCGAGGAUCUGGUCCAGAGGAUGCUGAAGGCGGUCCCUGCAGACCGGAUCUCAGCACAGGAUGCACUGCAGCACCUGUACUUCAGCACAUUACCUGCUCCCAUCAUGCACCUGAGGGACACUGUGUCCAUUUUUAAAGUUCCCGGUGUUUGUCUGGAGACGGAGGUCAGAGACGUGUUUCGGCCCGGACGGAGGGUCAAACCCUCGCUGCUGCCCACCAACAAGUUCUGGUGAACAGACGACUGUCCUAGCACACCGACCGGGGGACAAAAAGGACUUCAUUAGACUGAGACCCUGACCAGACGAGCUGAACUGUUAGCAUGGAGCUAAAGCCUGACGCUAAGUGCUGCUGCUGUGAUGUUGAUGUGAUUUAAUCUGUUUAUUUGUUGAUUUAGAUCAAAUGUUCCCUCUGCGCUCAUUGUUAGCAUAUGUUAGCAUACGUUAGCUGUGUUUAUCAGGCUCUCUUGGUGUGUUUGGCUGCUGAGUUCCCCUGACGGCGUUCAUGAAUAAUGAGUGAAUAAUGUUUGUUGUGAUGAAGAUCCCUGGUGACAAGCGUCGUCUUCAUCACUUCCUGUUAAAGAAAACUUUUAUUUCUAUGAAAAUACCAAACAAACUGCAAAUUCUUCAGGACGACAUGGGUAAAAAAAACAAACAUAAAAACUUUUCAGAUCGACUGAACAGUGACGACAAAACACAACAAAUAUGAGAAUCUUUCUUUAUUUGUAUCCAGUUCAUAACCGAUCUACCGAGCACGUCUAAAACAAACUCUUUAAAAUAUAUUCUAUUUCUUCUAUUAUAAUUGUUGUUUUAUUCACAAACAUAGAAGCCAAACGUUUUGUCAUUUAUUGUUUUUAAUCAUCACAAGUUGCAUC